AUGCCCGCCGGCACAAUGUUUGCCAAAUUCAAGAGCACCAACGUGGCCGCCUCCACAGCCACUCAAGCAGUCGCCGAUGGCAAUCCCAUUACGCAGUACUUCGAAAUCGGCAAACCGGUGGCCUGUGCCGGCCCAGAAUUGGUGUGGCGCAUCCAUGAUGCGUACCGCAAGAGCGACAACAAGGAAUGUUCGGUGUUUAUAUUCGAGAAGAAAAUUGCGGAGAAGAUGCACAAGCCGCGUCGCAAGGAGACCAUAACGGAGUUGCUAAAGAGUUCGGUGAAGACACUGGAGCGCUUCCGCCAUCCGCGGAUACUACAAAUCUAUCACACGGUCGAGGAAAGUGCGGAUACGCUGGCCUUUGCCUCGGAGCCCAUCUUCGCCAGCCUCUCGAAUGUCCUGGCCUUUCACGAGUCGAAAACCUAUGAGGCGACCAAUGUGGCGCCGGCGGCGGGUGGAGCAGCUGCGUCCCAGGCGCAGGCGGCGGCGAACACCUUGCCCCAGCGACCGGCCCAUGCCAAGGAAUACAAUUUCUUGGACAUGGAGCUGAAGUAUGGCUUUCUCCAGCUGACCGAGGCACUGGCGUAUCUGCACUAUUCCGGUCACGUAAUUCAUCGCAAUGUGUGUCCAUCUUCUAUACUAAUAACCAAGCGCGGUAUCUGGAAACUGGCCGGCAUGGAAUAUGUGGAGAGAAUGAACGAGAACGAUUUGAACAGCUCCAUUCCGUGUCCGCCGUGGAGCAAUCGGGUGUCCAAGAUGGCCCAGCCGAAUCUCGACUUUAUGGCUCCCGAAACUCAGUCAACGUCCAAGUGCAGUUUGCUCAGCGAUAUGUUCUCGCUGGGAAUGGUGAUCUGUGCGGUCUUCAACAACGGCAGACCACUGAUACAGGCCGGCAACUCCACCUCCAACUAUGCCAAGCAAAUGGAAACGCUGGAUGAUCUGGUCCACAAGUUGAUGCCCAGACUGCCAAUUGCCCUGCAGGAGGCCACUUCGCGGAUGGCCAGUCGAGAUGCAACCGCCAGACCGACCGCCCAACUGCUGCAGCUCAUCAAGUACUUCAUCGAUACGCCUAUAAACGCUCUGAAAUUCCUGGACGUGGUCAACAUGAAGGACACGCAGCAGAAGUCCCAGUUCUACAAGACCACCUUGAUCGAGGCCAUGCCGAUGAUACCACGUAAACUCUGGUGGCAGAACAUCUGGCCCAUGCUCAAGUCCGAGAUCAACAAUAACGAGGUCCUUGCCGCAGUCCUGCAGCCGGUCAUGCUCUUUGUCCAGGAAGCCACGCUCACGGAGUACGACACCCUCAUGGCGGCCACCAUGAAAGUCAUCUACAAUACACCGAAAUCCAUUCAGGCCAGCGUCACAAUACUUGAGAAUUUGCAUUUGAUUAUCGAGAAGACGAAACCGGAGGAUGUCACCACAGAUAUAAUGCCCAUGUUGUUCUACUCCUUCGACGGCUCCACGAUACAAGUGCAGAGCGCCGCCGUGGUGGCUGUGGCCAAUGUGUUUGAUAGCAUCGAUGAGCUCUCCAUACGCCGCAUGGUCCUGCCCAAGGUGAAGCAGGUGUUCGAGAAGAACAUAACCGAUCCGAAGAUUGUGCAGAACGUGCUGAUGUGCAUCGAGCGAGUCAUGGACCGCAUGGAGCGGGCACAGGUUAUGGAUGAGGUUCUGCCGCUGCUGGCGAACAUUCGCAUUCCCGAUCCCGAUAUCAUCAUGCGUACUGUGCGCAUCUACCAUAAACUGUUUGUGGACAAAACCUACGGACUGACCGUGGAGACGAUGGCCACCAAUGUGCUGCCCCUGCUCAUUCCGCACACGGUGAAUCCCUCACUCAAUUUCGAGCAAUAUUGCUACCUGCUGGAGGUGCUGCAGCAAAUGCUGGAGGCCAUCGAUCGGCAGCAGAGGAACAAGUUGAAGUUGGACAACCUGUCGAUGGCCUCGCCGGAACGCCACCGCACCCUGCGUCACCAGUUCUCCACGGACAAUAUGAAUGCGCCACCCUUCAACAUUCCCAACUUGCGCAUAGAUCAACGCAAGACGUCCAGCGCCGAGGACAUGGCCCGUAAAAACUCUGGCGGCUCCGGCAUGCUGGGCGGCUGGUGGUUCGGCUGCUCUCCCUCGUCGCCCGACAGCAAUUUCCUGCGCGUGGGCAACGUGUUCCCCAACCGGCGACUGUCGGACAACACGCUGAUGACCCCCAAGAUCCGGAUAGCUCCGUCGUGCGCCUCCUCGCCGGGCGGUACUCCUGGCAGCGGGCUGCCGACUCGACGCCACUCGAGCAUUGGGCCGCAGGAGCGCCGGGGAUCCACCAUCAAUUUGUCACCGCCAACUUACGGUGCCCGCGGUAGCUCUGGAUCGAGUCUAUCGGUGCCAUCGACUUCGGUCUAUGUUAAAUCUCCUUUAUUGUACUCCCAAAAACAGGGUGGCUCCAUGCCGAACACCUCCAGCAGUGUGCCAUUCUUGCUUUCAUCCAGCAUGCAGUCGAUAAGGUCACGCCGCCAGUCCACCGUCCUGUCAUCGGGUCCACUCGGCUCCGGAUCGGGGCUACUGCAGCAGCUGGGAUCCGGCAUGGUAAGACAAUUAACUUCCGUAUCCGGGACGGUUAGCCCGGUGCCGCUGUUGCGGGUAAAUGGCACACGAAACAGCCACAGCCACAGCAACGUCCGAAAGUGUCCGUCACUCAAUAUCACAUUCAGUCAAUAAUACGAUCUGAACGAAAUCGGCGAGGCUACGGCCAACGCCGAUUCCAGCAGAUACGGUUCAGCCAGCACCAGCAAUUUCAAUUACAAUACCGGCUACAAUUACGGCCCCCAAAGUUACGGGCCCCAAAGCUAUGGCUACAAUCUCAAUCAGAGCCUCAACAAUGUGCGUUACAAGGCCAAGCUGCGGAGCAUGAAUCUCAAUCUCAAUCCGCCACGGAACUAAACGGCCAUGUCAAUGAAAAGCAAAGAUAAAAAAAACAAUCAGAUCGAAACUAUAUAUGUAUGGGUGCCAUACACGAAAUGGAAGCAAAUCAAAUAAUGCAAGAGGGGCAGAGGGUAAAAUGUAGCAAAAAACUAGACAUACUCGUAUAUGCCAAAUCAAUGAAUGAUCGUACCUAUGUGAGACCUACUAUAACCUAGUCAUACGUACUAAUAACGCAAAUCUUGAUACUAAAACCAAUACAAUUACGAAUUAUCUAACUAAUAUUGAUUAUUGAUAUGCAUACUUAUAGAACUAAUAGUACACAACUGUUGUUUUUUGGAGAAUUUAUUCAAGUCCUGUAUUUGUAUGUACCAUAAGUGUUAAUGUUGAAACAUAUCUACUUAAACAAAAAAACGUAACAGAGUUAUCCAUCACAAAGCCCAAAUUGGCUACUAACAGCUACUAUUUAUCCUUAUUGUUGAUUGAUAUUAUUAAUUAUCUUAGUUGUUGAUUUGAAAUCCCUGCCCAGCAACGAAUAAGAGCAAAAACCAUAACGACCACGUAAAUUGUCAAAUUCAAUUGAAGUCAUUGGAAUAUGAAAAUUCAGAGAAUACCCAGAAUUUCCCAUCCACAUACAAACACUGCAUGUUUGUGUGCUUAAAUCCAAGUCCUUGAUCCUUGUCGUCCUGAAAGUCGUGCUUGUAAAUCCAGCGAUAGUGUUAUCAUUGCCAAAGCCCACAUUACCAGCUAGUUUAGCCUAAGCACCUGCACUUUGAAUUUAUCGGACUUGUGUCAGCUUUAAGGACAUUUUCCCGCAGGGUAGUUAGUUGAAGCUCGCAGUUAUAUGAUAUGAUAGGAUAGUUACCAUUAGACAACUAGUUUAAGUCAACACAGUUAUGUUCGUGUACGUUGUGGAAAUCAAGGUAUUUUAUUUUUAUUAUUAUUACCUUCUAUUCUAUUAAUUUUGUUAAGGUUCAAAAAAUUAAAAUUGCCCUUUUCGAAGUUCAUAAAAAAAAUUAUGCAUGGUUUCCUAGUUUGUUCUUGUAUGUUAAUUUUAAAAACUAAAUUUUCUAAUUUUGUAUCACCAAUUUAAACCAAUACAGUUAGAUAUGCUUCCUUUUCCGCAAAAAUCUAAACACAAAAUGCAUGAUAAGAGAAAUUGCUCCUAAGAUUUUUCAGUUUAGGUUUCACUGGACUAAACAAAUAACGAAGUGCUGAAUCAUAGGUGAAACAAAUGCUUUUUCUGUAAAUGAAACUUAAAACGAGCGAAGAUGAAAUAGAAUAUAUAGAACCAUUGAAAUGCAUGCGCCUGCAAUUUUAUGAGUUUUCUUAAUCCAGUUGUACAAUAUCUGUGGUGUUCCUAAGUGUUUUGGAAUUGACGUUUUCCAUGGCAUUGUGAAUGUAUCUGUACUACUUGACUUGCCAUUUUACUUUCUGCCCAUCUGAACUGCACUAUAUAUAUAUAUUCUGGAAAUACAAAAUACAACAGAGAAAUGAGAUAUACAAAAGAGAGAACGAAUGCUGAAUACAAAUCGAAUUAAGCUGCUGAUCACGGAGAUAUUGUAAUAUAUAUAUACUCACAUACUCACAUAUGUGUAAACUUGAUUGAUUGACUGACACUGAAGGCUUCAGAAGGCUGCUAUACCCGCUCUCGUGCAUACCUACUACUACUACUAUAUCGAUCUGAACUAUAUGAAUCUGUUAACUGACUUACCAGAUCUUUAUAUGCAUUUGUAUUGUACUUUACUCUACUACGAUUAAGUCGAAUUUAUGCGAAUUUAUUGUAACUGUUUAAUGUACACUUGGCUAUUGCACAAUCAGUGUUGCUUUGACCCCUGACCUUCGAUCCCCAAACCCAAAACACACCCAAAACACCCCGCUUUUGCAUUUGAGAUUUUUAUUUUGCUUUCGCCGUACUUAUUACUUAUGAUUAUGAUUCUACUUCGAAAUGUGCCUUAAGAGUUCAAAGGUUCUCGCAUUCCAAGUGCGUAGUGUGUAGAUUGUGCGACAAAUCUUAAAGAAUAUAUACAUACGAUAUACAUUGUACGAGUAUAACUAACUUGAUGAGAUCGAUGAAGAGUAGCUACCGAUACCUAGACAAGCAAUGCUCGUGUAAGUCAACCAGAGAGCUCCGAAAGGUGAGAGGUCGCCGAGAGGUCACCGGAAACUCCUCCCGAUAACACCCACACUCAUCCACAAUUGUACCUUAGUAGUAGUUUUGUAGUCACCCACAUCCGGUGGUAAUCCGACACAGACACGUACACCUAGCCCUAAGUGGACCCUAAUUAGAUGUUCGUAGUUUGCAUUGCGUAACCAGUUGAACCCAAUAUAUAUACUAUAUAUGUAUGUGUACACCAGAUCCCAGAUUAUCCAGAUAAUCCAGAUAUAAAACUCCAACCCGCCAAUACCGGAAAUAGGAUCCAAGCCCGAGAAUCGAAUCGAUGCAUGACAACCGAACCCGAUGUUAGUCCCAUCUAUUUUGCUAAUACAUAUAUAUAUUAUAUUCUAAUCUUUAUAAUACCAAUGUAUUGUGUGUGCCCCCUUCUCUCUUCUUGUCUCCAAUCAUUUGCUGUUUUACCCGUAUUCGUAAUACCCGUAAUAUACGUUAUAUCCGUAACGGAGUGCGAGAUACUUCGAAACCAAGUAGCUUCAGCAGUUCCCAAUAUAUUUGCCCAGUAGCUAGAUAAUACCUAAUUGUGUAACAAUAACAUAAUACCAAUAACAAUACCAAUAGCCUAUGUAUGUAUUUUGAAAAUCGUUUGAAGCCGAACAACCAGAUUGAUGGUCUAUUUAUCUUGCAACAACUCUAUUACAGUAUCAACUAUUCUCCGGACGUAACUAAAGAUACAGAAACGCAAUCAGAUAAAUACAUUCAAAAGAAUCCAAUUACUUUUUAAUGCAAUUUCGGUCCAUUUAUGAAACACCAGUAAUCAACUUAUACUAUAUUAGCGGCAUAAAUACUAUAUAUGAAAUUAUGAAAAUUGUAAACGUAUACCAAGCGCAAGCAUAACUAAGUAUUUUCAGUCGAAUCUCUAAAUGUUGUUAGCCAAUCAAAUUUGAUGUGACCAAAACAACAUAUUAAUCCCAAAAAUAAUUGUAAUUUAUCAAAAACAAAAGUGUCAAACACAACCCAACAAUCACCAAAAAAACACACAAUCCAGAUAAAAAACAUAUGAACACUAUGCAGAAUGCAAUCAAUUCCUAGAAAUCCUAACUAUUCUUGAAUAUAUUUAUUGUGAAUGUUUACGCUAGGCAAAACAAAAAACAUGUCAAAUAUACCUCUACGUGUCAUUGAACUCGCCUAUAUCAUACGAAAAUACUCACUUAGUUUAAACCAUAUCACACUGCACGGGAUAAAGAAGCAAGCAUAUAUUGUGUGUUUAUUUUGCUAACAUCAAUCAGAACGUUAUUUCAAUGAUAAAUAUGCAAUCAAAUAGGCGAGAGAGAAUCGUGUACCUACAUACAUCGUACCUAGCACCAUAGAAAUCAAACUUAUCACAGAGCUUUACAGCAAACGCAAUCAAAAACAAGAAAAAAACCAAUGAAUAUGAAUAACCUCGAAUACGAAAGGGAAGUUUAUUUUUAGCCAAGAACCUCGAGAGUUCCCGCCUGCGCUUUAUAGUGAUGAAUCCCACAUAAAUAUAUAUAUCUCCACCCAUCAUCCAAUCCAUCAAUAUAUAUACACACUCUGAUCAACCGGAAUAAAUAACUCGAAAAACACCCAAAACUACUACUAAGGUGAAUACACGAAUCCAACCCAAGGUGCACCGAUCCAAUGUCCACCGAUCCGUAAUAGAACCAGAACCAGUAAUUACAGAAGCCGCUGUUCCCGAAUGCAAUCUCAAACUCAAAUCUCAAAACUCAAUCUCACAUUUAUAGUCAAUUUGUAUAGUUGGGCAGCUAUAUGCGUAAAAGUGUGGUAAAUGGUAAAUGGUAUAUGGUAAACUCUUGAAACUUUAUAUGGUGAAGACUCACCUAUGUCAUAGAUGUAUUCAUUACGUAAACGGCAAUUAAAGCGAUUAUUAUUGUUGUGCUAUGUUUAGCGGUGUAGAAAAGAAAACCGAAAUUAUAUGAAUUUAUAUAUGUAUACAAGCAAAAGCAGGACGAACUCUACCUGGGACACGAUAAAACCUACUUUACUACAUGAUAUGAUAUACAUAUGUAUAUUCUCUGAAACACACGAACGGAAACGGGACAAUCAAAAUUCAACCGACACUUAUUCUAUACCAACUAUCAACUAACAAAACAAUUACAAUUUUAAGUUAUAUACGUUGUUGUGUUCGUUUGAUUCGUUGGAUCUGCAUUUGGUUAAUGCCAGCUAAUCUGAUCCUCAAACUCCAGCAUAUCCUUGCCAUGCACCUGAAACUGCUUUGCAUUUUGUUCGGUCGGAAUUUGUUGUUUAUUUCAUCUUAGACAAGCAUAUCGAUAUGGUUUACUAGCGUUUAAUUGUACGUAUACAUAAUUAGAUUUACUUAAUUUUAAUUAAUGUUUACGUGACAAGACAGAAAACUAAAACCAAAAACACAAAAAAAAAACAAAAAAAUUAAUAACAAAAUAAAACAAAAAGGGGAAAACCAAAAGCUCAAACUGGACUGAACUGAACAUUUAAGAGUUAUAUUAUGUACAUUAUUGAAUUGCAUUUGAUUGUGUGAAGAUCGUUUUAGUGAGAGUAACUGCGGUUAAACUUAAAGGGUAUUAUAUUUGUAUUCGAAUUUGUAUGUAACUCUGAUCGUAUGUACGUUAUGUUAUCGUAAGUGUACCAUCCUAGAUCCUCUAACGAAUUGAAAAUGAAGCCAACUCUGUCUCUUGUGAUUCUAUUGUGAUGCUAUGGGAGUCAAGCAGCACUCAACUGUUUUUAUGCCUCUUAAAGUUUAAAACAAAGCUUAUCGAAGCAAAACCAAAACUAAACUACCUAUCUCUACUCUAGUCUAUGCAAUGCUAAUUGGCAACCCGAACUAUUGAAAACAAUCAUGCACAAUAAAUGUUAUGCAAUUGAGAGAAUCCAAGGCCAAAGACCCACAACUUUUUCUUACACUACUCGAAGUAAUUGUGUACAACUAAAGGAAUUCUAGAUUUUAAAUGUGCUAAAACUGUUUAUAGUCAAGUACUUAAUUAUGAGUGUAAUUAUCGAAUAUUAAUACGUACAAAGAUUGGGGCAUUUGGCAUAGUAAUACUAAUGUAUAAACAUGGGAUCGAUGGUUAAUUGAAAAUGGAAUGGUGCAAAUGCGUGUGACAAUGUACGUAUAUAACAAAAAUUGAAUUUAAAUGUUUAAUAAAUGUGUGGAAAUGAAUAAAUGCGCUGUACUCAAUUACACUCUA